AUGAUGCCUCACAUGGAUGUGCUCCCCGACGACGAGAAGUGUGCCUUGGAUAUGAGUACCUACGAGAAUUUGUCUAAUGUUUGCAAUGCACCACCUCUUCACUCUGCUACUCCCAUUCCUAAGGAUGAUACCGAUGGUUCUUACGUUUUCGUUACCUCCGUCGAUGCUGCUACUAACCUUGAUCACGCUGCUCCUGAUCUUAAUGCCCAACCAAUGUGUUCUCAUAUUGUUGAUGCCCAGAUUCAGGUUCAUAAUCCUGAUGAAUUGAAGGAUUCCCAAUUCAGCCUUUCCGAGCAUAUCAAAGAGAGUGACGCAGUUCGGGAUAAGAUCAGACUGGCGGAUGUCCUUCAUUCUUCUGACGCCAAGGUGGAUGAAGCGGAACCUGGACUCCAUUCUUCUCAAACCGUGGAACAAACUCGAGUCUUGGAAAACCAGACUAUCAACGAAUCAUUUGAUGCGGAGACAAAUUCUGGCCAAAUCCAUGGGCUACAUUCUCCUCAAGAAGUUGAAGACAAUCAGAUUCGGGAGGAAAAUCAAAGAAUUUCUACCUCUGGAUCUUCUAACACCGAUGCAAAUCUUAGUGGACAAAUCGAGGUGGAGUCUUCCCAAAUGGCGGAAGAUAUUCAAAUUCAUGAGGAUAACGGAAUUGUGGAAAUCAUGAAGUCUUCUGGUACCGAGACAAAUCUUGUGGUGAACAUUGAGGCGGAGUGUUCUCAGAAGGAAGAUGGCAUCCAGAUUCACAAGGAUAAUGGAACUGUUGCAAUCAAGUUUUCUGAUACCGAGUCGAACCCUGGGGAAGAGAUUGAGGUCCAGUCUUCUCCAAAGGCACAGGACAAUCAGAAUCACGAGGAAAAUGGCAUAAUGAAAGCCUUCGAAUUAUCUGAUGCCGAGGCAAAUCCUAGGUCAGAAAUUGAGGUGGAGUCUUCACGGGAGAUGGAAGACAUUGAGCUUCAGGGGCAAAAUGAAGUAGUGGAUACAAUAAAAUCUUCUACUACUAUGGAAAACCGUGGGCAAGAAGGUGAAGUAAUUCCCGGGUAUAAUGAAAGAGUGGUUAGCAUUGAAUUGUCCAAUGCCAUACAUGACAGCAGUGAAGAAGCUGAGAUGGAAUCUUUCGAGAGAGAUGAAGGCAUUCAAGAGGCAGAAGAUGCAGAUGUGGAGGCUGCUGACUGCUGUUGCGUUACUGGCAAAGAGAUUGUUGAUGGGAUGGUAAAUAAAGAUGUGAUAAGCGACCCUAUAGGAGGAAUAGAGGAAUCUCAAAUUAUAACUAUGGGUGCUGCUAAAUCUGACCUAGAUCAUUCUGAUGAUUCAAUGGAAAACGUUAAGGAGGAAUGUACAUCAGGGGUUGCCUUGAAUGACAAGAACUCUGAGAUAACUCAAUUUACAAUUUGUCAGGAUGGUGACCAUUACCAGGUUGUUGGUGAGGAACUAGAAAAUUUAAACAAUGAAGUUUGUCUUUUAGAGCCAUCAGAAGAAAACAAAGCGGAGGUGGAGCAGCAUUUGGCAGCAACUCCUAGUCCACUAGUCAGUUCAGAAGACAUAAAUGGUUCUAUCUCAAUUAGCUCGGAAGAUGGCUUGCCGACUAGUAUGGAUCAAGAUGACCCCUUGGGAACUAUUGAUGGCAACGACACUGUAGCUAACAGGACCAGCUUCCAUGACCACACUGAAACCUUGUCUGGCUCUGUAGUGUGUGAUAUUGCUACUGUUGAAACUCAUGAAUUAUCUCCUACGGUGCUUAUUACUGAUCCAAUAUUAGAGUUAAAUGAGAUUACUGUAAAUGAACAAGAGGUGAAUCACGUGUUGGAACUAGAAGAGAACUCAGAAAUGGUUUCUAAUCCUAAAGUGGACAAAUGUGAGGUUGAAGUUUUGGAAGAUAUGGUUUCUGGCAAUGAAGAUGAUAUGCCCACUGCACUCGACAAAUCUAAAAUUUACUGUGGUGAUGACUUUGUUGCUGACAGUCAAUUAGUCGCUGAGGACAUUGGAACAUUGGAAAGCACUGACACAGCAGUAUCUGCUGUUGUGAUAGGAAAUACUUCAAUUGAAAUAAGGGAACCUGCCUCUACGAAUUUUCCUAAUGAUCCAUUAGUGAGAUCUGAUCUUGAUGUUGAGGAUUGUACAAUUUCUGAAAUUGGGACUUCUGCUGGUGAUGUUGUCCAACCGGAUAAAGAAGUCAGUGAAAGUCAUGAGGUUGGUUUUCUUGGUAACUCUAAUUUAGAAACUAAAUGUGAGGAUGAUCACGUGGAAAAAGAUCACCUAGUACCUUCCCAUUGUAACGAUUGUCCUUCAGUUGAAUGUGAAGAGAGAGGUUCCACUGUUCCUGAAGUUCCUAAUGGCGUUGAUAAAUCUUCUGCAAUUCAACUAAUUUCUGCUGUUGCAAGAGACUCAGAAUUGCAUGAUAACAAAAGUAGCUCAAGUCCAACUGCUAAUGAGAAACCAGAAGAUGACAUCAAGAUUCCAUCCUCCAUAGGAGAUGAUAGGAGAAAUAUACCUGGCAAUGAUUGCAGUGUGUCAAACACUGAAAUUCUCAAGGAUUUUAUAUUAAACAAAGAAGAGAAUCUGCACUUAUUGUCCGAUGUUGUCUCUGAAAUUGAUGGUAAACCAACAACAGAAGAAAUUGAGGUCAAUCGUGAGGGUUGCCAGAAUGAACCAUCAUCUAUUUCUCCAGAAGGUUCUGGUGAUGCUUUAACAGGGCAAAAUGUAGGGGCUGAGGCAGGAACAAGGCCGUUUAACUUUUUGGUUAAGGUGCCUCGAUUUGAUGACAAAAACAUAAGAGAGCAGAUUAAAUGUGCUCAGGCAGAAGUUGAUUGGAAGACCAAGGACCGAGAUGCUAUUCGGGUUCAAAUACAGACAAUGAGGGCUGCAUGGAAAGUGUUGAGUGAUAAUCUUGAAGCAGCUGUGUCGGAGGGAAGAGCUGCAAGAGAUUUGCUGAAGUCAAAAAGACUGGAGAUAGACUCUGUUCAAUCAGUGAUAACAAAAGUGAAGAAUGCCAUGUCUGUUGAGGACAUCGAUGGCAGGAUACGCAACAUUGAACAUAUGAUCGAGCAUGAAACACUGCCACUAAAGGAGGAAAAGCAAUUGAUUCGUGAAAUCAAGCAAUUGAAGCAGGUGCGGGAACAGCUUUCAUCAACUAUGGGUAAGCAGGAUGAGCUUCAACAGGCAUUGGACCAGAAAGAUCAUAUUGAAGAGCGCCUUAAGCUAUUAAGAAAGGAGAUGGAUUUACUGAGGGACAAUGUUCUGAAGGCAGAAUCAGUUAUAAAGGCUGCCAAGAAGAAAUAUAAUGAUGAAAGCAUAAAGCUGGAUGAGUUGCAAUCCCAGUUUAAAGCAGCAGAUAAGAUUCGUCAAGAAGCAUAUGCUAAUUUACAGAGUAUGAGGAAGCAAUUAUAUGAGAAGAACAAAUACUGCUGGAAGUAUCGGGAUGACGCAAAGGAAGCCAGUGAAAUAGCAUCAAGUCGAGACAUAGAGAAAGUGCAACAUUUUUGCGUUAAUCAGGUGGAGCGCAUGAUGGAACUGUGGAACACAAAUGCUGAGUUCAGGGAAGAAUAUAUUAAGAGUAACAUGAGGAGUACUGUGAGGCGACUAAAGACGUUGGAUGGGCGCUCCCUUGGCCCCAAUGAAGAGCCACAUGUACUGAAUCUUAUUGUUAAGGAGGGGUCAGCGAGGGACAAUUCUCUUUCAACGGUUUCAACAACCGAGGAAUCUGGAAAACCAAUAUCUGCUUAUGAUGCGAGUGAUAACAAACCAGAGACCAAAGUAGCCGAAGAGAAGAACCAAAUGACAAAAAAGAAGCCUGUAACAGUUGUGGGCUUAGUGACUGCCCCUAGAAAUAUCUCUAGGGAGAAUGAGGUAGAAGAGCCACCACGACCGGAGGAGAUUAAGCGAACAAGAGAAGAAGAGGAGCUGGCAGCGAAAGUAGAAGAGUUGAGAAAGGAAGAGGAAGCAAUGAAGUUGAAGGAGCAACGGAAGUUGGAAGAGAGGGCCAAAGCCAAAGAGGCGUUGGAGAGGAAAAAACGAAAUGCUGAGAAAGCCCAGGCCAGGGCAGUAAUCAAAGCACGAAAAGAGGCAGAAGAGAGAGAGAAGCUAAGGGAGAAGAGAGCAAAAAAGAAGGAAAGGAAAAUGGCAGCUGAGACAGAAGCUGGUAAUGAUUGGGACGAAAGGGAUUCUGCUUUAGUCACGGAGACCCCUUCAGAAACUCAGAAGGAAGAGUCUGAAAACACAGGUAAACCGGGGAUGGCAGCGAAGAAGCCUCAAAAAGCUUUGCAGUACACAAAACAGAGCAAGACAAAGUCAAUUCCUCCGCCACUUCGAAAUCGGGGUAAGAGAAGGAUGCAACCAUGGAUGUGGGUUCUUCUGUCAACCGUGGUUGUUUUUGCACUGUUCUUCGUCGGACAACAACGGCUUCUCUACUAGAUCAUCUUGGUUCGAUUUCUAAAGUUAGAAUGCAAUUCAAUUUUAUAUAGUUAUAGAGUGAUACACAAUUAGUUGGUAAGGGAAAAGAGAUAGACGUUUGGUUUGGGAGAUUCCCAUAGAAUAUAUAGAUAAUGGUAGGCUAAUUCUUUGGUUCCUUUCUUAGGAUUCAUCUGCUUCCAACUUACAAGUUGAUGAAGUCGUUCACUUAAAUUAGGAAAGAAGAAAGAAAGAAAGAAAAGAGGAGGCUGGAGGGUUUUCCCAUCAUUAAGGCGCGCAUCGGUUGACAAUGACAUUUUAUUAUUUAUUAUUUAAUUAUUUAAUUAUUAUUUGUGUUGAUGUGUAGAAAUGAAAGAGUGGUUGGGAGGGGAGUUAUUGGUUUUGUUAAAAUCAGUAUUGUGAUUAUUAGGAGUUAGGAGAGUGAUUGAGUGCAUAGUGGUGUGAGAAAGAAAAGAGAGGUGAAAUUCCAUUCCAACUGGGAGAGUAGAAUAGAAUAGAAUAGAAUAGAAGCAGAUGUUGAGGAUGAGUAAGUAAGUAAUAGGAUCAAAGAUGGUAGAGGAUGGCGAGUGUGGGGGCAUUACAUAAAUAUAAAAUAUGCUGUUGGUUGUGAGUCCGUACAAAGGAAGGCCCCCACUGACAUUGUGUAGCUAUCAGGAACCAGAAUCAUGGUGCCCCCACCGCUUCUGUGCCAUCAUCUGUCUUCUGUACGACGACGUUUAUUGGUGCCCCUACAAAUGCCCUAUUCCCCCUAAUGGAUCUCACUAUUACCACAAACUAUGGUCAACGCUCCGAUUAUAUAUCCAACCCCCCCUCCUUUUCAUCCUCUAUAAUACCUUUAUUAUUUAUUCAUUGCU